UGUACCUCAAAAUAAUGAAGCCAAAGUAUUCUAUAGACACCCGUCAGAAUGAUGCGUUUGAGGAGAAAUUAUUUUCUUUUGCCCCCAGAAAGAAUUCACAGAGAAAUAACGCUCUAAGACGUUUAAAAGGAAUAUUAGCUCAAAACUCAUAAUUCAUAUUCAUAGGGUCCACUUGCUCCCAAGCUUACCUAAUCCCAUACCCUCCCAUACACCUUCCUGCCUCUACGGAAGAGUCCAAUUAUUACCUGCGUCAAUUCUUCAUCCAUAAUCGAAACCAUGGGCAAGCGAAAGAAGUCGAGCAGACAACCACAGGGACCAAAAAAGAGAGAGCCCUUGCCUUCAACGUUCGCAUGCUUGUUUUGCAAUCACGAGAACUCUAUUGUUGUUAAGCUUGACAAGAAGUUGGGUCUAGGGAAUCUGUCUUGCAAGGUGUGCGGGCAAAGAUUCCAAACCGGUAUCAACUAUCUAUCCGCUGCCGUUGAUGUAUAUUCUGACUGGGUGGAUGCUUGUGAUGCCGUGGCCAAAGACGCUGCUAACAAGUAUGAAGAACGUGAUGCUCAUGGCAUGCGUUUGAAUGAGUAUCCCAUUUCCUACGAGCCGCGGGAGACUGGAGCAAUUGUUGGCGAGAGUAGGAAAAAUGACACCGAUGAUUUCUGAUGUUGUGUUGAUUAUGGAGAAUGGCGCAUAUGGUGAAGAUUCUGCAGUUUUUGUUUCAUUUUCUGGGAUACUCUGAUCUGAUUUGAUGUUAUGAUAGAAGUCAAGAAAUAGCCUUAAUAACCACAAAGAAAACUAAAUCAUGCGAAUGAAAGACAGAACAUAAACCAACAUUUGUUAAUGAAGGAG